GUUGAGGUCUGACGCGAGGGACAGGCGAGGACAGUACUUGACAUUAAAGCUUGCCCUAGCCUCCUGGUCCCAUACCCUGGUACCCCAUCCCGUGAGUAAUUUCUCGGAAUCGGAAUGACUAGAUUUGUGAGCUGUUCGGCUUUAAGCCUUCUCUUCUUGCUCGUUGACAUGCAAUAUUCAAGCCGAACAACGCUUUUUAGAAACAUCUUCGGUGACAAUGCGACCUUUGGAGCAGAUGACAAAUGUGGCCCCGAUGGUAUGCGUGUCAUGAGCGUUACUUAUGGGCUACCAGUCCGGUGCGCCGGUGGAGCACAUUCUAUCGACUCAAGUAGUAGUACUCUAUUAGAGUACUCGAGCUCCUGGGAGAAAGAGGCUGAAAGGGUGUAUCGUGAGGCGCCGCCGCCGUCGCCGCACCUCACUGCCUGGUGGUUGGGAAAAGAACCCUGGAGUAGACCGCGGUCCCCUGAAAUAUUUGAUAGAAGUGAGCAAGAAGUGAGUGGUAUCCUUGAAGAUAACAUGGCAGUAUUGAAUUUGCUAGGUUGACCAGUGGCAGAAAGUUCA